AUCAUUAUCUUUUUCUCUUUCCUUCAAAAAAAGAAAAGGAUGUAGCUUCAAAGAAACACCAAUUCUUCUUAAGAAACUUCCUGUCCCAAUGGCCAACUCCUAAUCUCCAUGCAUGCAUGCAACGUUAAAUUGUUCCUAAAUCGUUACAAAGCUUUUUGUUCUUCGAUUCCUGUUACGUCACCGCUCCUCGUUCUCGCAUGGAGGAGUGGACCCCACCUGCCGGAAAUGGGAAAAACAACAUUAAGAAACUUUCUAUGGCAACAUCCCUUCGGUUAGCUCCCCCACCUGAUCGAUCAUCGGAUACUUACGUUGUCCAAAUCCCUAGAGAUCAAGUUUAUCGCGUGCCACCACCUGAAAAUGCAAAAAUCGUGGAAAGUCAUCGUACACCUGAUAAUAAUUUUCAAAGGAAGAGGAAAUUUGGAUGUUGUUGUUGGAUCUUGUUGGGGUUAUUAAUAUUUAGUAUCAUUAUAGGUGUUACAAUUGGGGUUAUUCACAUGUUGUAUAUCCCUAAAUGUCCUAAUUUUUCCGUCAUUGGGGUCAAUUUCAAGAAUGUCACGGACCCUAGUAGCGGCCAUGGCCAAAAAAAUCAACCACAACAACAUCCGAAAUUCGAUAUUGAUUUGAAAGUCUAUAAUGUAAAUGAGAGAAUGGAUGUUUCAUUUGGUGAAGGGAAGGCCAAUUUUGUUUUCAAGAAACAUGAUAUAGGACAAGGGAAAUAUCCUUCAAAUUCACAAAAAGCUAAGGGUACCAAUAAUGUUCAUCUCAAUCUUGAUGUUGGUUCAAAUGGGAAAUUGCCUAGUGAUUUAUUGAAGAGCCUUGAAGAUGACAAGAAGCCAAUAGUAAUGACAUUAAUGAUUAAUCAUGUGCCAAUGGAGAUCAAGAGUUGGGUUAAAAAUUUGAAGAAAGAUUUGACAAUUACUUGUGAUUUUGAUGUGCAAGAUUUGACAAAGAAAUCCAAGACUAUGCCUAAUGAGUGUAUAACGGAUUUCUAAUACGUUAAAAAGGUGACAGUUGAAACGGAAAUCUAAUUUACAGUAAUUGAUAUUCUUAAUUCAUGGUUAAGAAGCAUGAAUUUUCAUUAUCAUGCAAUAUAUAUCAUCAUUGUAACUUGUACCCUCUUUAUUCUCUAUUUAUAAUCAUUUUUUGUCU